CUGUGAAAAGAAGAUAAAUUCUUCUCGAAAAAAAAAGUCCCGUCGUUUUUCUCCCAUUUCCUUCCGCUGUCCGCUUCCACUCCCGCCCGCCCCGCCGCAACCCGUCGACGUCGCCGUAGGCUCGCAGCUGCCGCGAUGCACAAGACGGCGCAGGCCUGGUUCACCGGCGGGACCGCCGCCUCCACCGGCACCGCCGCCGAGUCGCAGCCGUCCCUCCUCGCCGACUGGAACUCGUACGCCGCCACCCGCUCCGACGCCUCCUCGUCCUCGCCGCUCCCCUUCGACAUCGAGGCCGCGGUCCGCUCCGCCAACGACACCGUCUCCGGCACCUUCAGCUCGGUCACCAAGGGCGUGCGGGAGCUCCCGGGGAGCUUCCAGAGCGCCACCAGCAGCUUCCCCUCCGGGAAGGCGCUCAUGUACUUCGGCCUCUUCCUCGCCACCGGCAUCUUCUUCGUCUUCAUCGCCUUCGCGCUCUUCCUCCCCGUCAUGGUGCUCAUGCCGCAGAAGUUCGCCAUCUGCUUCACGCUUGGGUGCGCGCUCAUCAUUGCGUCGCUCUUUGCGCUCAAGGGACCAGCAAACCAGCUCGCCCACAUGACCUCCAAGGAGAGGCUACCGUUUUCAGUGGGAUUUAUUGGAUGCAUGGUUGGUACGAUUUAUGUUUCUAUGGUGCUUCACAGCUAUUUCCUCUCUGUGAUCUUCUCAGUCCUUCAGGUUCUGGCCCUUGCAUAUUACACUAUAUCCUACUUCCCUGGAGGAUCUAGUGGACUGAAAUUCAUCUCGUCUGGUCUGUUGUCCUCGGCAGCAAGUUUAUUUAGUCGAUGACCUUCCGUUGUCACACAUUUACUUGAUCAUACCUCAUACCAUGUUAUGGUGCAAGAUUUUUGUAUGUAGUUGCUGAUCAUGCGCUUGAUAGAGAUUUCAUGAUCUUCCCUCCCUUGUCAUCCUGUUUGUUUGUCUAGACUUGUACUGGUGUUGGAUAUAGAUUAUAGAAUGAAAAGGAUUUAUCGCCCCUCUAUCUCAGUGUCCCCUGUGGCUGUAUAUUGUGGAAAUAAAUCUAUUAUGACCAAGUUAAAGAUAACACUGGGAUGAUGUUGGUUUAGAUUAUUUUAAUUCUUUGCAGUGCUCUA